AACAUUGUGCUUUAAUUAGUAUUUGAAUAAAUGAUAGAAAUCUUUAAAUUUCAUCAUAAUCGAUAAAAACAAAUUUUCCAAAAUUUCAUGUUUUGUCGCUAUUUUUACCAAUUGAAAGGGCCCAGUCCCAAAUUGGUGGAAAAAAACCCCACUGGAACUGAAAUAAAUGUGACAUUUGAGGAGCAGUUCAUUUAUGUUCAAAAUGAAUUAGCAGAUAGUAAAAUCAGCUUGAAAAAGAAUUUUUACUGGUAUAUUGAACCAGUGUAAACUUUUUAAAAACAUGGCACAAGCCUUGUUUACAUAACAAACACUUAUAAAUCUAUGACUGACACUUAAAUUUUGGUUGAUUGUUAGAAAUGCUCUACAUAAGCAUUCUAAACAAUAUAAAUAUAAAAAUAAAUGUUGACCAAAAUCGGAACCAUGGCCUUUAAGCUUUUCUGAAGAAAAAGUGCAGCAUGCUUUGCCACUGGGUAAAGAGCACUGGAAUGUGCAAAAUGUCAAGAUGGAUCUUGUAUGACCCUGAUUUCUAUGAUGAGAUUGUUCCCUUUUGUGAUGAACUGGUGGAGGAUGAAGAAGAAGAGAGGGUCUUGACAUGCAGGUGCUAUGGCAGAGGGAAAAAACUGAGUGAGGUGGAGGUCCCCAGGGUACCACAGCUUCACUUCAGAAUAGAGAAAGAGAGAUACAUUGAGAAAAUCAGACUUGAUGAGAACCCUAAAGCAAAAAGACGUGGGAGAGGAAGAGCGAAGGUCCGCCAGCAUCUGACAGACAAUAUAAUGUCCACUGUCGGACAACCUCAGGUUUCUGUCCCGAGUAUAGCACCAAUCAUUACAAAUGCGUUUCUUCCCAACGUUGGUCCCCCAACAAACACUGGGGGUUUUGGGCGACCCAGUCUAUCCAGUAAUCACCAUUCACACAAUGGUUAUGACAACAUCGAGUUCUCCAACAUCCAGCCAUCAAGGAGGGGCUUCUCCAUAGAGGAUUUCAUCUCAGAAUCCAGCACGAAAAAGAAGAAAAAGAACAAUAAGACAGCAGCAAUGUGCACCAAUCCAUUGCCGAAUUCAGUGGAAGAGACAGGGGAAAGCUCCUCCGAGAACAAUGAAUCAGUGGUGAUUACUCAGACUUCUUUAGACAGUGCUGGAUCCACCAAACAAAUUGAUGCAUAUCUGCUCUCAAAGAUGUUAAAUAUUCCCUGCCCAGGAGGGGAAAUAAUUAACAAUACUGAUAGUUCUCUGCCAGGUAGCUUAACAUCUUCAUCAAUGUCUGCCUUAAAUGAUGUAUUUAAGUUUGAAGAUGCUGAACAUGUGCCUCCAAAGAAAAACAGAAAAGGUGGAAAGGUUCCUUCAAGUAAGGAAAAGUCAGAGGAGGAAGAUGGGUGGGUUUUGAAUGGAGAGAAUGUGGUAGAGUUCUGUGAUUUACCUGGGGACUGCGAUGUUACUCUCCUUCAGGAUAUUAUUGCAGCAUACGGGGCCAUCAUUGAAUCUGAUGUCAUCAGUUUGGGAUCAACAGUGUCCGUGAGAUAUCAGCUGGACAGCAGUGAAGCAGCGAAUUGGGUUGUUUCAAAUUUAGAUAAUGCUGACCACCUCUUUGCAGAUCACUGUGUAAAAUGUAGGAGAGUCAUGUGAAGUGUACCAUACAAGAGUGCCAAACAACAGAAAUCUAAACCUUGUGUAAUAACUGUGAUAAUGUGAUUUUGAUUGUUCUACGUAAUGAAAUUUGUUGCAUUAUUCACAAUUCGUCUGGAGCAUGGUUGUUAUAGUUGUAAUUGGGCCUUGAUUUUAAUUUGGCAAAGUUUAUCAUCGUAUAGUUAUUGUUUUAAAAAAUUGAAUUUUAAAAAAGUAUGUAAUAUCAAUAGUAAUGUAUUAUAUGAUAAUUGGUGAGAUGUUCUAUUUACAAUCUGCUUGUAUUAAAGUUCUAUUUUUAUAGUAUACUGUACAUGCAUUAUACAUUGAAAAUUUUAUUUGUGCCAAUAUCCAAAUGUGUUCACUUAUUCAUACCUACCUGCAAGUUUUUUGAAUAAAUUAUUUGAUAAAAAAUUGUUUGUAUGA